AUGAAAGGUCGUCCUGUAGGAGGUCAUCCUGUAAGAGAGGUUAUCACCGUGAAAGAGGUCAAGAGGUCAUUCUAUGAGAGGUCAUUUUGUAGAGGUCAACCUGUAACAGAGGUAAGAGGUCAUCCUCUAGAGAGGUCAUCCUAUAAGAGAAGUCAUCCUCUAGGAGAGAUCAUCCUUUAUGAGAGGUCAUCCUGUAUGAGAGGUCAUCCUGUCAAGAAGUCAUCCUAUGAGAGCUCAUCCUGUAAGAAAGAUCAUUCUAUAUGUGAGGUCAUCCUUUUUGAGAGGUCAUACUAUGAGAAGUCAUCUUGUAUGAGAGGUCAUCCUAUGAGAGGUCAUCUUAGGUCAUCCUGUAUGAGAGGUCAUCCUGUAAGAGAAGUCAUCCUGGAAGAGAGGUCACCUUGUAAGAAGUCAAGAGGUCAUCCUAGAGGUCAUCCUGUAGAGAUGUCAUCCUGUAAAAGAGGUCAUCCUGAAAAGAGGUCAUCCUGUUAUCUUGUAAGAGAGGUCAUCCUGAAAGGAGGUCAUCCUAUAAGAGGUCAUCCUAUGAGAGAGAUCAUCCUGGGAGAGGUCAUCCUGAAGGGUCAUCCUGUCAUCUUGUAUGAGAGGUCAUCCUGUAUGAGAGGUCAUCCUGUAAGAGAGGUGAUCCUGUCAUCCUGUAUGAGAGGUAAUCCUGUAAGAGAGGUUAUCACCCUGAAAGAAGUCAAGAGGUCAUUCUAUGAGAGGUCAUCUUGUGUGAGACAUCAUCCUAUGCGAGAGGUCAUUUUGUGUGAGAGGUCAUCCUUUAUGAGAUGUCAUCCUAGGUCAUCCUAUGAGAGGUCAUCUUGUAUGAAGGGUCAUCUAUAUGAGAGGUCAUCCUAUAUGAGAGGUCAUCCUAGAGGUCAUCCUAAAAAGAGGUCAUCCUGUAAGAGGUUUAUAGAUCAUCCUAUGAGAGGUCAUCCUAUAUGGGAGGUCAUCCUGAAUGAGAGGUCAUGCUGUAGAGAGGAGAGGUCAAACUUUAAGAGAGGUCAUCCUGUCAUCUUAUAUGAGAGGUCAUCCUAUAAGAGAGGUCAUCCUGAAAGAGAGGUCAUCAUGAAAAAUAGGUCAUCUGUAAAGAGGUCAUCAUGUAGGAGAGGUCAUCUAAUAAGAGGUCAAGAGGUCAUCCUAGGUAAUCCUAUAAGAGAUGAAGAGGUCAUCCUGUAUGAAAGGUCAUCCUAUAAGAGAGAUCAUCUUGUAAGAGAGGUCAUACUAGAGGUUAUCAUCCUGAAAGAGGUCAAGAGGCCAUUCUAUGAGAUGUCAUCUUGUGUGAGACAUCAUCCUAUGUGGGAGGUCAUCCUUUAUGAGAUGUCAUCCUGUACGAGAGGUUAUCUGUUAAGAGAAAUCAUCCUGUCAUCCUCUAUGCGAGGUCAUCCUGUACGAGAGGUCAUCCUCUUCUUGAGAGGUCAUCCUCUUGUUGAGAGGUCGUCCUCUUGUAGAGAGGUCAACUUGUCAUCCUAUGAGAGGUCAUUUUGUAAAAGAAGUAAUCCUGUAAGAGAGGUCAUCCUGAAAAGAGAUCAUCCUGUUAGAGGUUAUCCUAGAGUUCGUCCUCUUGUAGAGAGGUCAAUAUGUAAGAGAGGUAAGAGGUCAUCCUUGAAGAGAUCAUCCUAUAUGAGAGGUCAUCCUGGAAGAGAGGUCAUCCUAAAAGAGAGGUCAACCUAUAAGAGAGGUCAUCCUAUGAGAGGUCAUCUUAGAGGUCAACCUAUAAGAAAGGUAAGAGGUCAUCCUCUAGAGAGGUCAUCCUGUAAGAGAAGUCAUCCUGUAGGAGAGAUCAUCCUUUAUGAGAGGUCAUCUUGUAUGAGAGGUCAUCCUGUAAUAGAGGUCGCCCUGUCAUCUUAUAUGAGAGAUCAUCCUGUAAGAGAGGUUAUCUUGAAAGGAGGUCAUUCUGUAAGAGAGAAGUCAUCUUCUAAGAGAGGUCAUCCUGUAAGAGAGGUCAUCCUGAAUGAGAGGUCAUCGUUGAUCAUCCUAUAUGAGAGGUCAUCCUGUAUGAGAGGUCAUGCUAUAGAGAGGUCAUCCUGUAAAAGGGGUCAUCCUGAAAAGAUGUCAUCCUGUCAUCUUAUAAGAGGUCAAAAGGUCAUCUUGUAUGAGAGGAAAUCCUGUCGUCCUCCUAUAGAGAUGUCGUCCUCUUGUAGAGAGGUCAACCUGUCAUCCUCCAUUAGAGGUCGACUUCUUGUAGAGAGGUCAACCCAUAAGAGAGGUAAGAGGUCAUCCUCUAGAGAGGUCAUCCUGUCAUCCUAUGAGAGGUCAUCCUAUGAGAUGUCAUCUUGUACGAGAGAAGUCAUCCUGUAUGAGAGGUCAUCCUAUGAGAGGUCAUCUUGUAUGAGAGGUCAUUCUGUAAAAGGUCAUCCUGGAAGAGAGGUCAUCCUGAGAGGUCAUCUCCUUGAAAAGAGGUCAUAUUGUAAGAGGUCAAGAUGUCAUCAUAUGAGAGGUCAUCCUAUGAGAGGUCAUCUAGUAAGAGAUGUCAUCCUAGAUGAGAGGUCAUCCUGUAUGAGAGGUCGUCCUGUAAGAAAAGUCAUCCUGGAAGAGAGGUCAUCCUAUAAGAGGUCAACAGGUCAUACUGUCAUCCUAUAUGAGAGGUCAUCCUGUCAUCCUAUGAGAGGUCAUUCUGAAAAGAGGUCAUCCUAUAUGAAAGGUCAUCCUGUAAGAGAGGUCAUCUUGUCAUCAUGUAAGAGAGGUUAUCCUGUAAAAGAGGUCAUUACCCUGAAAAGAGGUCAUCCUGUAAGUGGUCAUCCUGUAGAGAAGUCAUCAUUUAUGAGAGGUCAUCCUGUAGAGAGGUCAUCUUGUAGAGAGGUCAUCUUGUAG